AGGACAAAAAUAAGAAAAGAAAAAGAUUUGAAGAAGCAUUGAAAGGAAAAGAAGAGAGAAGAAAACAGAGAGAAAAAAGUGGAACAUUGUUGAAGACAAAGCCUUGUGAUUAAAAAUAGAACAAACUAUUUUCUUUUAAUUCCGAAACUAAAGCUUCAAAUAAUCUCACAAACACAAUUUCUCAUCAAAACAACAAAAAACAUCAUUAAUAAUCACUAACUCUGUUUCUGUUGUAAAGAUUAAAUUUUUAACAGAUCAAAGUAACAUGUCUUGUUCUUCUUCAUCUGGGUCUGAAGAUGAUGAUGAGGGCUUCGAUUCUUACCGGAAAGGUGGAUACCACGCUGUUAGAGUCGGUGAUCAGUUCGCCGGAGGAAGGUACAUAGCUCAGAGGAAAUUGGGUUGGGGUCAAUUUUCAACCGUUUGGCUUGCUUAUGAUACUAAAACUUCUGUAUGUUUUUUGAUCCUUUACUCUUCAAUCUUUGUUUCUUCAAAAGGGGUUCUUUUGAUUUUUGAUUUUGAAUCACCCCUUUUUAUAUUAUUGAAAUUGAAAUCUGGUUUAAAUUCUGUGUUUUUUUUAUUCAUUUUUAAUUUCUGCUUUAAAUGCUGUGGAGGUUACAAGGUUAUUCUUUUAUAGUGUGUAACGGAAUAUAUUUAAGUUUUAAUAUGCAAUUGAAUUUUAAAUUUUAUGUUUUUUUUUUCUUGGUUCCUCUCUAUGAACAAUGAUGGCUGAAUGUAUGGAGUUUGGAUCCUCUUCUGCCAUCUCUCCUGGUUUAAUCUAAUGGCUGAGAUUGUAAAGAAAAAUAAAGUGGUUGGAGAGAGAAACAACAGUAGAGAUCCACAAUGGUUGUAAUUAGUGCAGGACAGACAGCGGGAGAGGAUCAACAGGAGAGGAUCCGAAUAUGAAUGCAUUUGUUGCUCUCAAGAUCCAGAAAAGUGCGGCACAAUUUGUUCAGGCUGCCCUUCAUGAGAUAGAGGUUCUUUCGGCCAUUGCUGAUGGCACCCCGUCAAAUUUAAAAUUUGUUGUUCAAUUGAUUGACCAAUUUAAGCACACAGGCCCUAAUGGCCAGCACCAGUGCAUGGUACUUGAGUUUCUUGGAGACAGCUUGCUUCGUCUAGUCAAAUACAAUCGUUACAAAGGUCUUCCAUUGAAUAAAGUUAGGGAGAUUUGUCAAUGCAUUUUGAUUGGUUUGGAUUACUUGCAUAGAGAACAUGGUAUUAUCCACACAGACCUAAAACUGGAAAAUGUUCUUCUGGUUUCUACCAUUGAUCCUGCCAAAGACCCUGUUAGAUCAGGAGUAACCCCAAUUUUAGAGAGGCCUGAGGGAAACAUAAACGGCACAGUUACUAGUCUUAUCGAGAAAAAGUUGAAAAGGAGAGCGAGGAGGGCAGUAGCUAAAAUAUCUGGACAAAGAGCUUCAAUGGGAGGAAUGGGAGAAGCUCCGAAGUCUGAGAGAAAUAUUGAUGGGAUUAAUGUGAGAUGCAAAGUGGUAGAUUUUGGAAAUGCGUGUUGGGCUGAUAAGCCAUUUGCAGAAGAAAUUCAGACAAGACAGUACAGAGCUCCUGAAGUUAUACUGCAGGCUGGUUAUUCCUUUUCUGUCGACAUGUGGUCUUUUGCUUGUAUCGCUUUCGAGCUUGCCACUGGUGAUAUGUUGUUUACUCCUAAGGUCGGACAAGGUUUUAGCGAGGAUGAGGAUCACCUUGCCCUGAUGAUGGAACUCCUUGGAAAAAUGCCGCGGAAGAUUGCUACCGCAGGAGCGAAAUCCAAGGAUUUCUUUGACAGACACGGAGAUCUCAAAAGGAUCCGAAGGCUAAAAUACUGGCCACUUAACAAACUAUUGAUUGAAAGAUACAAAUUUUCAGAGGGCGAUGCUAAUGAAUUUUCGGAGUUUCUUACACCACUUCUUGAUUUUGCACCCGAGAAGCGACCGACUGCGCAGCAGUGUCUGAAACACCCUUGGCUCGCGGAAAAAGACUCUAUCCCUAAUGACAUGAGAACUGAAUCUAGUGUCGAAAAAGUGGAUGUUGGAAUAAGCAACCUUAAAAUCAAGGUGGGGAAGUGAAGGGGAGAUAGGUAUUUGAGAAUCACCCUUUAAGUCCCCUCUUCAAUAUUAUUGACUUUUGAUUGUGAUUUUAUUUUUUGGUUUGAUCAAAUUCAAUAAGAUUUAUUAUUUUAUUGGAUUAACUACUAUACUAUGAGAUGUAAAUUAGUAAAGAAUUUUGAUUCAUCCAUAGAUAUAUGACAGGAAUUUGUGUGUAUAUUCUCCAUGAUUGAUUUUAGUGAUGGUGGCAUUCAUCCAAGUCAAGUUUUUGUUUUCCUCCUC